AUGUCCCACCUUGCUCAACCUCACAACCUUGCUGUUGCUGGUGCUCCUCCUCCUCCUCCCCAGUCGUUCGACCCUUCGGAGGCAGCAGCUACUUUCUACGACCAGGAAAGGAAAAGGAGAAGUUCGCGUGAUGAAAAUGUUCUAGAGGGCACGAAACGCAGGCGUUCUCGAUCCCCCGGCUUUCAUCCUCGUGAUGACCGUUACUAUGGCCGGAGGCCUGCGGCUGGGCGCUACAAUAUGGCAAGAGAAAGCCUUGACGACCCGUACAACCUGGAGCACCUUGUCUCCUUCUCGUAUUAUUGCGACUGGUAUCGUGAGGUCAACCCGCAGCAUACCUUAGAUGUCGAGGCGCUGCGUGCAAAGUACGAGGUCUAUCGUGAUGACCUCCACGCCCGUCUUGCUCAGGAUUUCGUGAAGGAAAAGAUGAAGGAUCAGUGGUUUAAGGAAAAGUACGAUCCGACGAUUAGCAAGAAAACACAAGCCACGGUAUCCGAGUUCAGGAGACACAACUACAGGCAUUUCAUGGAACACUUGACUGCCGGUAUCUUUGACCAGUGGACGCUUGACGGAGGUCCCAAAAAGAAAGAGAACGGUGAACCGUUGUUACUGCAGGCACAGAAAACGCAGGUUAUCACAAUACGCGAAGCUGGUCAUGCCAAUGAACCCGGUGCCCUUGUCGAAGAAGUCGAGCUUGUUGCAGCUGGAGGUGUGGGCUGGGAAAACCGGGACGAAAAUGCCUACCGCAAGACGAUUCUGCUCAAGACUAUUUCUCCAACGGUAUCCCGUUUUCAACUCGAGGAAGUCGUCGGUAAGGUUCCCGGGUUUCGCUUCUUGUCGCUUUCGGACCCGAAUCCUGCCAAAAAGUUCCACCGCAUUGGUUGGAUCGUGCUUGAUGAAGAGGCAGAUGUUGACGCGGCACUGAAGCUUUUAGAGAAUGUGACGAUCCACGAUGAAGUGUUCGGAGAUUUCACCUGCCAUACCGGAAUCCAUGCAGCACCUCGGGACCCGAAAAAGAAGAUGCUUUAUGCUGUUUGCUCUACUAUUGAUUCCCUCCGAAAAGAUAUGGCUCUUGCAACUCUUGCUGUUGAAAAGUAUGAGGCUGUGCUGGGCGACGGGUUUCAUGCUAUACCAGCCAUCCAAGCAAAAGCUGAAGAGCUGAGAAUGAAGGAAGAUCCUGAUUAUGACGAAGAUGAAGAAGGUGCAAUUCACGAAGAGGAUGAAGAGGCUGAAUCCGGUGUGGACAUGGCUGUUCUGAAGAAAGCCUUGGAUAUCACUAUUGAAUACCUUCGCCGUGUGCAUUCCUUCUGUUAUUACUGCGUGAGUGACAACGACUCGGUUCACGAGCUUACUCGCAAAUGUCCGGCCGGUCACGUUCGUCGGCCCGCACCUCCGCCCGACUACGUCCCAGACAGUCGGGCCCUGAGUUGGCUGAAGAACUGGCAGGAUAAGAUUUCUCUUUUCCUCGAGCCUGAGAGUGCCGACCUCAAGAAACUUGGUGGCAAGCCAGUGGACAAGGCUCUUGAAACGGAGAUUGUUGCACACAUCAAACGCGAAGCGGAAGGCAGGUUCCGAUGUCGCGUCGACGACUGCACAAAGCUCUUCAGUGCUCCCGAGUUUGUCAGAAAACACAUCAGCAAACGUCAUCUGGAUUGGUCAGAGAGAGUGAAGCUGCAAGUCACGCUCCUCAAUAAUUAUGUGACCGAUCCGUGUCGCGUGGUUUCGCAGAAGGCUGAAGCUGUUCCGCCGCCGAACAACCCCCUUCCAUCGAUUUCUAACCCUGUCCUCAACAACAACCUUCCACAUUUGCCGGCACCGCCCUUGGGCCUACCCACGCCAUUUGGCACUGCACCGCCUAUGCCGUUUGUUGCUCCGCCGACCUGGAACCCUACUGCCUUUGCGCCAUUCCCUCCGGGCAGCUUCCCCGGAAUGCCAUCUCUUCCUCGGCCUAGUCCAUUCUAUGUCCAGGCGACGGCCUUCCCUACACCCGCUCCUGAAGUCCCCCCUCACUCCGUGCCAGCUGCCACUUCUAUGGUCGGGGCAACUCCGCGUCCUCCCCCGACGGCAAUGCUUCAGGCCGCGCUCGUUGAUCCUUACGUGGCUCUGGGCUACCCUCCACAAACCACAACUGGCAAGGCCAUUAUCGAAGCCGGAGGUGUUCCACCCGUUCAGCACCGGAUGCACCCUCGUAGCCCUUCCCCUAGGGGGCGAUACGAUGGAUAUGAUGGUUACCGCCGCCCAUUCCCUCGCUAUAGGAGUAGGAGUCCUCUGCCUCGCGAUCCUGGGUAUGAUAGGAGAUCUCCUCCGCCGGCGAAGGAUGAUCCCAGGUAUACGCGUGAUCCCAGGGCCAUCAGGAGUUAUCAUGAUCUUGAUGCACCUAGAGAUGCGACGCCUCCGUUGCCAUACUAG